AUGACUGCCUCGUACCUUCUACCUGGUCCGGCCGAUGUGGUUGCUCAACCAACCAUCGCCAUUCCUCGCCCAUUGGCGCCAUCGCCAAGAAUUAUCACGAAUGUUCCAGUAAUGCAGCAAAAGUCUCCAAGCAGUACGAAACGACCAGCUAGUGUCGAUCGGAAAAGACCACUCAGUGCUGAUCCGAUUGAAGUUUUACUGGGAGAGAAUACGCAACCACAUCAACGUAAACGUGAAUGUCUGGAUCAUCUAACACAUGAACAGAAGAUGAACAGGCGAAAAAUGAAGAACAGGAUUGCAGCUCAAACAGCAAGAGACAGGAAAAAGCAAUGGGACAUUCUUGGUGGCCGAUAG